UUGACAGUUUGCUUGCACGCGAAAAACACGAGUAUGAUGUUCACUAUUCACACAUUUCUCCAUUCAAUUUAUACCAUGCCAUUAACCGACUUCCGAAGUUAAUAACGAUAUACCCUCUUUGUUUCAAUACAGGUAGUAGUUACCUAGCUAGCGUGCUAGCCGGCUGUUUAGCUACCUAGCUAGCUAGGCGUCGUGUCCCAAAUUGCUCUGCGCUCCCUUAUUUUAGUGCCCUAACUAGAGUGCGAAGUGUUUGCACGCGCGCGCGACGUAGCGCACUUCGUAUAUGAUAGGGAGCGUAUUUGGGAUUCGGCCCCAGCUGAUAGGAAAGCAGCUGUGUGUAGAUUAUGAUUAUGAGUUUGUUAUGCUUUUACUGGUUUUGAAUAACGUCUGCGCCAUGGCAACGGAAGGGAUUGUGAUCCGGAUAAAGACACCGGUCGGUGACAUGGACUCAUCAGUAGAUUGUCCGUCACUUUUGAGCUUUAACGACUUACUGAUCGCAAUUAGAGACGUGAUGCCUGAAGCGACCAUUACAGCGUUUGAAUAUGAGGAUGAAGUUGGUGACAGGAUCACAGUUCGGAGUGAUGAAGAACUAAAGGCUAUGCUGUCCUAUUACUGCAAUACAGUGAUGGAGCAGCGCAUGAAUGGACUCCUUCCAGAGCCACUUCAGAUAUUUCCUCGAGCCGGCAAGACUCCUGGGAACCGGAACAUCCACGGCCUCAAGGUGAACACACGCCAUGGCUCGUCCAGCAGCCGCGGAGCCUCUCCUGCUGAGUCUCUGUCCAACAACAGUUUAAAGAAAUCCUCUGCAGAGCUGAAAAAGAUACUGACCAACGGCCAGAUAAAUGAACAAGACAUCCAGUACCAGGAGCAGCUUGGCCACGGAAAUGGGGGAACUGUAUACAAAGCAUACCAUGUUCUGGGGAAGAGGGUUUUAGCAGUGAAGGUCAUUCCUCUUGAUAUCACAGUGGAACUGCAGAAACAGAUCAUGUCUGAGCUGGAGAUCCUUUACAAGUGCGACUCUCCAUACAUCAUAAAGUUCUACAGCGCUUUCUUUGUGGAGAACCGAAUAUCUAUAUGCACCGAGUUUAUGGACGGCGGAUCUCUGGAUGUUUACAGGAGGAUUCCAGAACACGUCCUCGGCCGGAUUGCUGUGGCAGUGGUGAAAGGACUGACGUAUUUGUGGAGCCUGAAGAUUUUGCAUAGAGAUGUGAAGCCGUCCAACAUGCUUGUAAACACAAGAGGCCAAGUAAAACUGUGUGACUUUGGAGUCAGCACUCAACUGGUUAACUCUAUCGCCAAAACGUACGUCGGAACCAACGCAUACAUGGCGCCAGAACGAAUAUCAGGGGAGCAAUAUGGAAUUCAUUCAGAUGUAUGGAGUCUAGGAAUCUCUUUCAUGGAGCUGGCUCUUGGUCAUUUCCCCUAUCGCCAGAUUCAGAAAAACCAAGGCUCCUUAAUACCUCUCCAGUUAUUGCAGUGCAUCGUUGAUGAGGAUCCUCCUAUGCUUCCAGUCAGUCAGUUCAGUGAGAAGUUUGUGCACUUCAUAACACAGUGCAUGAAAAAACAGCCAAAAGAACGUCCUGCUCCCAAUAACCUCAUGGACCAUCCAUUUAUCACACAAUACGAUGACGGGAAUACCGAGGUAGUGUCCAUGUGGGUGUGUCGGAGCUUGGAGGACCGCAAAUCCCAGCAGGCUCAGGGGCUAAUGUAAGGAGCCGUGAUACAACAAGGACCCUUUCUUUUUUUCUUUCUAUCAAGUGCCACUGAGUGUACAGAGGUUUAAUGGCUGGACUUACUUGAAGGAGACCACCUAUAAACAAACUCCAGAGUGCAUAUGAACCUUAUUUUUUUGAUGGAUCCAAUAACUCCAAAUCUUUAUUUUUGUUUUACUAUAUAUAUAUUUGUUUUUGAAUGCUUGUGCAAAUUGCAGUAUAAAUAUUUCAGGCUUCCGAAUGACUCUCAUCAUUUCCGUAGCAGAUGGCCCAUGAAGAAAAAGCUUUUUAAUAGGGUUGUUCCAGGAUAAACUAGGACACCUCAUAAUGCAGAGUAAACGUUUUGCAUUCCGAGCCCUUGUCGGAAAGACUUUGGGCUACUGAUCAAAAGGUUGUGAGGUAAAAAAAAUCUCCACACUGCCACAGAUUUUAAGUCCUCGUGCAAGAUCUUAACCAUUAUCUCUUCAGUCGUGUCUUGUUUCAGUUGUACAUUGGAUUGGAUAAAAGCAGCAGCCAAAUUAGUAAGAGAGAGUAGAUUUUUACUGAACAGGCAAUCGGAUAUGAUGCCCAUGAGAAAAGGAAAGGCCUCAGUCAUUAAUGUAGGAGUGUACUGCAUGUGGCACAUUGCUCUUAAAUUGCUUUGUGACACAGUUGCUGUUUAAUAUCAGGGUCACGUUGGUUUAAAUGUAGCUUUCGUUUAUAUUUUGUGCACUAAAUUUAUUUGAAAAUUUCAUUGGGCACUCACAAAAGGAACUGCAGGAGUCAUCCGGAUUAGGCAGAAAUCUUCUAAGAUUGUGUGUAAUUGAUCUGUAGUGCACCGUGUUCCCCUUCGAGUCACACUGAGGUCUCGUGCAAUGUAUAAACCACAAUAACACACUUAAUACUCUUAUUCCAGUUUAGUGAGUUAUUACAGCCACUUGUUUAACCUCGAGUGCACAUAAAGAUAGGUAUUAAUUCUUACUCUUUCAACUCAAAUGACCUCGCUUAUCUAUUAGAUAUAUUUAAUUCAAAUCAGCAUCAUCCUCCCUCUCCACUACAGCAUGUAAUCAUUCCACAGCAGGGAGUAAAUAAUUUUUGCUCACUAUUCUAUUAACCACUGACAGCUGCCGACUAACAUGCCUCAUAUGUUACAGCUGCAUCAACCCACCACAUCUGCCUGCUACUACAAUACUCCGUGGGCCACUUAAAAGACGUUUUAUGCCAUAAUGCACUUAUUGUACUGCUGUGUUUUUAUACAGCGUUACUUUAUAAAUGAAGCAGUGCUUUAGGCACAUAUUAUGCAUCCUGCACCACUUGGACAUGAAAGGUGUUGCAACAGUUAAUACCUGAUGAGAUUUCAGUGGAGAAAUUGAGCGGUAGAACAUUAUACUCAAAGUAAGUAUAAGACUUGAAGGGUUAAGGUUUUUUUGCCAAAUGUUACCGAAUGCAUCCAAAUAUCUUACAUUGUUUAUGAUGUCUUUGUUCAGGUUUUGAUUUUAAUUCCUACUCAAAUGCACUGUUACCGUCUUCUCUUUAUUCCUUUUUUUUUUUUUUUUUUUUUUUAAAGAACUAUGUGUUUCACUGGUGGCACAUGAGUCUCAUUUCACAUUGCUUUGGAUGUUUGCACACCUUCAACAUUUCCUAAGUAAAUGAAACAUUCAGAAUGUUGUCUCUCUCUUGAUGCCCCUAUAAACACCUCACUUCAUUCUCUUAAUAUAAAGAACUGCACUUCAAGCCAUUAAAGGGCCAUUUUAAUGUGUGUAGUAGAAAAUGCUUUCUGUGAAGAAAUCCAAAAGUGUCCCUUAUGCUUUUUUAACUGCGUAUUUAUUUGUCUAAAUGCAUUCGUAGGUGCACAAACAACACAAGCCUGGUCAUUAUUGUGAAAAAUUGUGUGACAUUUAUUUUUCUCUAUUACCUGAAAUGUGUUGGUAUUACUUUAUUCUGGGAAAAUAAUAUCAUUAGCAAUACUUUAGGCUUAUUAUAAAGCACAGCUAAGUUUACAUUGAACUUUGAUAUUGUUUAGAGCAUUUUUUUUAGCAUGUUGAAAGUUUAGAUCUUUAAGGAGGGGAAAAAUAUUUGAGGAUCUUUUAAAAAGUCAAUUUGUCAGGAUUGUCACACAUUUGUUAAAUCUGUGUUUGGUAUAAAUUCCUAUAAUUGAAUGUGUUGGGUUUUUUUGUUUGUUUUUUUUGUUUGUUUGUUUGUUUUUUUUUUUUGUAUUUUUAUGCUUACCAAAUCUGUUACAUAAUGUGUAUUGUUUAGGAGUCUUGCCUAUUUUUAUGAUGAUUAUAAAAUUUUAUACAUUACAUGAAAGUUAUACAAAAUAUUCAUCUUCUGGGCAGUUCACAUCCCUGGGCAGUUUAACAGACAAUCAACAAAGUAGCAUGUGUUUUUUUAAGUUGGAGGAAACCCUAAACGACAAGAAGAAUGUGCACAGAAACUCCAUACAGACUGUAACCCAAGUUUAUGAUUGAACCUGUAUCACUGGACCUGUGAUCCCGGUAGCAGUCAUUCCUGCUGCACAACAGAGAUGUCCUAAUAGUAUCUUGUCACCUAAAACAUCUGUAAAGAUACUGAUGAGUGUUGUGAUUCUUUUUAAAUAAUUACAGCUCAAAAACAAAAUGUAUUGCAGUUCACAUCCAAGUAGCUGCUUUUAUUUCUAUAUUUUGAGUCAUUGCCAAGCCACUUCUCAUAUAUACGCUUAAAGGCAUGCCUCCUGUUGUGUGCAAUUUAUGUAAGCUGCUAUACUGUUGCUUUGAUUGAUGGGUGACCAACCCCUGACCUCAGUAUCUUCCUUUGCUCAUGUUGUUGGACAUUUACAUAUUUAUCAAGGGCUGCCAAAAAUCUAAAUUAAUAUACUGACAGCAGAGUAACCAGUUAAGUAUUGUAAUAUCUUCCAUACUAUAAAACAACACGUAAUCCAGUACAAUUGCUUGUUUGACUGAUGGUUUUUUAAUCAAAGCAACAGAAUUGAUGCAGGAUGCUUCUUACCCAAUUAUAGUAAUGUGGAAGUCUUGGGUUUUGCACACAACACACUACCUUUUAAUGUGUAACUCAAAGGUUUAACCACGUCGCCAAUGCAGCUAGAUCAACCAGCUCAUCCUGACUCAAUGCAAUUUAUCAGUGAAACUUAAUUCACUGGAAGAUCAAUUGAUUGAAUCAAUGCAAGCUAGUUUAGCUAGUUAGGCUGAGGCUAGGUGCGGUGUUCAAAUUCUGCUACCGCUUAAGUGCCAUUGUUGAGUCCUUGUACAAGAUCCUUUAACCUUCACCUCAGUUGCAUUAUGUCGCUUUUUUCGCUCUCAUCAGCCAAAUGAGCAAAGGUACUGAACUGUGUGUUAUUUUGUAGUAUGCGAGAUGCCGCAGUACUUUACUGUAAAUCUGUGGUACAGUUGUUCAAUGUCAAUUUUACAGUCAUUUCUGGACAAUUAAUAAAAUCUACAGCCAUUUUUA